AUGUCGGAUACUACAAUCGAUGAUCUAGUUACCGGGAUAACUGCAGCCUUAAUCAGUAAGCUCCAACAACAAGAUGUGGUUCAAACUCGAACCAAUGCCAAUGAUGAAAAAAUAGAACAAACUGUGUCAAACUACAAUGCCGAAUACUUUGACAAAUUGGCUGAAAGAUAUAUUGAAUUCACUUAUAACAACCCUACCAUUUACCAUGUUGUCGAUCACUUUAAACGCCAAUUGAAAGACGCUGGGUUUGAGUAUUUACCUGAACCAGAAUCGUGGAGUGAGGUCAGGCCGGGCAAAUAUUUCACCACCAGAAAUGGUUCCUCUCUUGUGGCCUUUGUCAUUGGUAAGGAUUGGAAACCAGGCAAGGGUUUUGGUGCUGUAGGAUCCCAUAUUGAUUCACUCACCACUGUUUUGAAACCAGUGUCCAAAAAGGAUAAGGUUGAUGGAUAUGAGUUGCUUGGUAUUGCUCCCUAUGCUGGUACUUUGAACAAUCUCUGGUGGGAUAGAGAUUUAGGUAUUGGAGGUAGAUUGUUGGUCAAGGACUCAAAGGGAAAAGUCACCCAACAUUUGGUUGAUUCAACACCACAUCCCAUUGCUCAUAUUCCUACAUUAGCGCCACACUUUGGUGAGCCAGCAGUUGGUCCAUUCAAUACCGAAACAAAGGCAGUUCCAGUUAUUGGGUUCUCUCAGGGAGAAGACCCUGAACCUACUGAAGCGGAAAAGAGGGCUCCAUUGUAUGGCAAACAUUCCUUGAAAUUAUUGAGAUACAUUGCCAAAAAGGCAAAUGUCAGUGUUGAAUCAAUUAGUCAAUGGGAUUUGCAAUUGUUUGACGUUCAAAAGGGAACCAAAGGUGGUUUAAAUAAUGAGUUUAUUUUCGCUCCAAGAGUUGACGACAGAGUGUGCUCCUUUGCUGCUUUGAAUGGGUUAAUUAAUGCAGCAACUCAAAAAGAGCUUGAAGAUGACUCAUUUUCCAUCGUUGCUUUAUACGACAACGAAGAAAUUGGAAGUUUGACAAGAGCUGGUGCCAGAGGUGGUAUUCUUGAACUGGUUGUUGAAAGAGUUGUUGCCAGUGAGUAUUACAACCCUGAUGGACUUAGUGUUCAAGAUAAAGUGAGAUUAAUUUACGCUAAUUCUAUCAUUUUAUCUGCUGAUGUCAAUCAUUUAUUGAACCCCAAUUUCAAAGAAGUCUAUUUAGAGAAGCACGAAACUGUCCCCAACAAAGGUGUUUCAAUUGCCUUGGAUCCAAAUGGGCAUUUUGCUACCGAUUCAAUAGGUUUGGCAUUUGUUGAAAGUUUGGCUAAAGCAAAUAAAGAUGAAUUGCAAUAUUUCCAAAUUAGAAAUGAUACCAGAAGUGGUGGAUCAAUUGGACCAGCAAUUUCUUCAGCAACUGGUGUAAGAACAAUUGAUCUUGGAAUUCCUCAAUUAUCAAUGCAUUCAAUUAGAGCAACUUUAGGAUCAAAAGAUAUUGGAUUGGGAACAAAGUUUUUCACUGGAUUUUUCCAAAAUUGGAGAUCAACUUAUGAUAAGUUUGCUGAUUUGUGA